AUGUCGAAGAAGUACGAUGUCUUUCUCAGCUUCAGAGGACUCGACACUCGCCGCAGCUUCAUCAGCUUCCUCUAUAAAGAACUGGUUCGAAGGAACAUCCGAACCUUCAAAGACGACAAUGAACUCAAGAGUGGCCGGAAAAUCUCUCCGGAGCUCGUGCGCGCCAUCGAGGAGUCGAGAUACGCCGUCGUCGUGGUCUCCGCGAACUACGCGGGGUCCUCUUGGUGCCUCGAGGAGCUCGUCAAGAUCAUGGAGUUCGUGAAAAACGGCUCCCUCACCGUGAUGCCGAUCUUCUACGGCGUGGAUCCGUCGCAUCUGAGGAGGCAAAUCGGAGAAGUCGCCGAGCAGUUUGAGAAGCACGAGAGCAGAGAAGAUCAACAGAAAGUGCUUUCGUGGAGACAAGCAUUGACCAAUUUGGCCAGCUUCUCCGGAGAUUGCUCAUCGAAAUGGGACGAUGAUUCGAAGAUGGUCGACGGAAUUGCUGAUAGGAUAUCGAAGAAGCUGAUGAUGAUUACUCAAACAUCAAGAAGUGGAAGUACCCUAGUGGGGAUUAAUCGGCACAUGAAAGCUCUUCACAAGUUAAUGGAUCUGAAUUCGAACAAAUCCGUGAGAGUUGUUGGGAUCUGGGCAAGAGGAGGGAGUUGCAGAUCGGCUUUAGCUAGAUUCGUGUAUCAGAACAUCAGUCAACACUUCGAGAGCCAUUGCUUCUUGGGAAACGUGAAGAAGAUCACCAAGGGUCGUCACAUGUCUCAUCUCCGUGAAGAGUUUCUGACCAAGGUUCAAGGCAAGUACUUGAGCAAAUCAAGGGUCAAGAACCAAAAGGUUCUGCUUGUUGCAGACGACCUCAAUAAGCUUGAGCAGUUGGAUGCUCUUGCAGAGGAUUUCAACUGUUUCGGUCCGGGGAGUGUUGUGAUCAUCACUACACAAGACAAGCAGCUGUUUGUUUCCGCUGGGAUAAAGAAUGUCUACGAAGUUGAGCUCCUGAGAUUCCAGAAAGUUCGUCAGCUGUUUCGACAGGUGGCUUUCAAAGAGAGAAGUAUUGCUGCUGUGUUCAAGUCGGUUUGUUGUAGACCAACGAGUCUUGCCUUGGAAUGGUCAGGUUUUAGACGUGGCAAAUCUGGCUCUGGGUCAGGGAAAGUGUUGGACUCACUUUUGUAA